GGCACGAGCUCCUGGAGCUGCUUUUUAAUCACCGCGUGAUCUUUGUCUCUAUAUAAGAUAUCUAUAUAUCGCCCUAACUAUAUUUUUUAUAUUCUUUUUUCGUAUGCAAUCUGAUUUCGAGCAAAAAAAAAAAAAGGGAGAAAACCGGAGCGCACGCACGCACGGAGCCGCUGGUCUUUUCAUUUACAAGCCUUGCGGGAGGGAGAGAGAGAGCGCGCGCGCGAUGCGAUGCGAUGCGGCCGCGCCGCCGGAGACACGGGGAUUGUAGGAAGUGGACUUUGGUUUGACCUUUGCACUGAUCGUGCUUGGAAGUUUACACACCUGUAGCCCUGUAGAAGGUCACGCACAGGUGACGUGGUAGUGGCCCGCAACCUUUCCUUUCCGACACUCUAGUUCGACUCCGCCGUCCGGAUCUCCCGCUGGUACUGGCCGACCUAUAGACAGGAGCGAAAAGGGGUGGGGCCAUGUGGGCGCUUCGGAUGCUCCUAUUGGCCAGCCUGCUCGGCCCGGCGGCUCUGGCGUUUAGCCGUGCCCCAGUGCCCAUGGCCGUGGUGCGAAGAGAGCUAUCAUGUGAGAGUUACCCCAUCGAGCUGCGUUGUCCCGGCACUGACGUCAUCAUGAUCGAGAGCGCCAACUACGGACGCACCGAUGACAAGAUCUGUGACGCCGACCCUGCGCAGAUGGAGAACACGCGUUGCUACCUUCCAGACGCUUACAAGAUCAUGAGCCAGAGAUGUAACAACAGGACACAGUGUGCGGUCGUAGCUGGCCCCGAUGCAUUUCCAGACCCCUGCCCUGGAACCUACAAGUACUUGGAAGUUCAGUAUGAGUGUGUGCCAUACAUCUUCCUGUGUCCAGGCCUCCUGAGGGGUGUUUACCAAAGCGAGCACUUGUUCGAGUCUGAUCACCAGUCAGGCGCCUGGUGUAAAGACCCACUACAGGCCUCGGAGAAGAUAUACUACAUGCCCUGGACGCCGUACCGGACAGACACCCUCACCGAGUACUCCAGCAAGGAGGACUUUAUCGCAGGACGACCCACGACGACGUACAAACUCCCCCACCGGGUGGACGGCACAGGCUUCGUCGUCUACGACGGCGCGCUCUUUUUCAACAAGGAGCGCACGAGAAACAUUGUCAAGUUUGACCUGCGUACGCGCAUCAAGAGCGGCGAGGCCAUCAUCGCCGGGGCCAACUACCACGACACGUCGCCCUACCGCUGGGGUGGAAAGUCGGACCUUGACCUGGCGGUAGACGAGAAUGGACUGUGGGUGAUCUAUGCCACUGAGCAGAACAGCGGUCGCAUAGUGGUCAGUCAGCUGAACCCAUACACGUUGCGCGUGGAAGGUACAUGGGACACAGCUUACGACAAGCGUUCAGCCUCUAAUGCUUUUAUGAUCUGCGGCGUGCUCUACGUGCUCCGGAGCGUCUACGAGGACGACGACAGCGAGGCCACAGGCAACAGGAUCGACUACAUCUACAACACGGAGCUUUCCAAGGAUGGCUACCUAGACAUCCCGUUUCCCAACUCGUACCAGUACAUCGCCGCCGUUGAUUACAAUCCCAGGGACAACCUGCUCUACGUCUGGAAUAACUACCACGUGGUUAAAUACUCGCUGGAUUUCGGGGCACUUGACACUCGACCAGAGUCGUCACCCUCGGUCCACGUCUUCAUGGACACCACCACCACCACCACCAGGACGAGCGCCCGGCCGAGUACGGUGUCCACAGCCACCACGUCUACCACCACAACCACCACCCCUAGCACUACCAGAUCUCCGGCCCUGAGCGGGUUCACUCCGAGGGCGCACACCACCACCGUCGAGCUCCGACCUCCAGGUGGCUCCGGGCCCCUUUUCAGCACACGGCCACCGCCUUCCUCCAUCCUGCCCAACAACGCCGCAGAGUUCUGUAACCCUACCGUAGAGGCGGAGCUUACCUGGCCGAAAACUCGCCAGGGCCUCACUGCCACACAGCCAUGCCCUUUUGGAACAAUAGGCAAUGCUUCAUUUGUGUGUACGGGUCCCGAAGGCCUGUGGGAUCUUCAAGGUCCUGAUCUCAGUAACUGCACUUCAUCUUGGGUGAACAUCAUAAACCAGAGGAUCCGAACUGGAGAGACAGCAGCCAUCAUCUUACGCGAGCUAGCGGAGCAGACUAAGGGCCGCAUCCACUCCGGGGACGUCACGUUCACGGUGCGGGCCAUGGGCCAGCUGGUGGACCUGCUGGACGUCCAGCUGCGCAACCUCACUCCGGGUGGCAAAGACAGCGCCGCUCGCAGUCUUAACAAGCUGCAGAAAAGGGAGCGCUCCUGCCGCUUUUUCGUACAGGCGAUGGUGGAGACGGUGAAUAACCUGCUGCAGCCCCAGGCACACUCGGCUUGGAGAGCGUUGUCAGCAGGAGACCAGCUGCGUGCUGCCACGAUGCUGCUGGACACGGUGGAGCAAGGUGCCUUCGUACUGGCCGACAAUCUGCUCAAGACCGACGUGGUCCAGGAGAACACCAACAACAUCCAGCUCGAGGUGGCUCGGAUGAGCACGGAUGGCAACCUACCAGAUCUGAAGUUUCCUCAGACCGGUGACCAAAGCAACUCCAUUCACCUGUCUGCCAACACCCUUAAACAGCACGGCAGAAACGGUGAGAUCCGCAUGGCGUUCGUGCUUUAUAAGCACCUGGGCACGUACCUGUCCACCGAAAACGCCAGCAUGAAGUUCAGCAGCGAGGCCCUCAGCACCAACUACACCGUCAUCGUCAACUCGCCCAUCAUAACCGCUGCUAUCAACAAGGACAGCAAUAAAGUCUACCUGUCAGACCCUGUUAUAUUCACGGUGCGCCACAUCCAGCAGUCGGAGGAGAACUUCAACCCAAACUGCUCGUUCUGGAGCUACUCCAAGCGCAGCAUGACGGGCUUCUGGUCUACGCAGGACUGCCGUCUACUCGCCACCAACCGCACGCACACCACCUGCUCCUGCACACACCUGACCAACUUCGCUGUGCUCAUGGCCCACGUCGACGUCAAGAGUGCAGACCCGGUGCACGACCUGUUGCUGAAUAUGAUCACGUGGGUGGGCAUCCUGCUGUCGCUCGUCUGCCUGCUCAUCUGCAUCUUCACCUUCUGUUUCUUCCGAGGCCUGCAGAGCGACCGCAACACCAUCCACAAGAACCUGUGCAUUUCGCUGUUCGUCGCCGAGACGCUCUUCCUGACCGGCAUCAACCACACCGACCAGCCUAUCGUGUGCGCCGUGUUUGCCGCGCUGCUGCAUUUCUUCUUCCUGGCGGCGUUCACGUGGAUGUUCCUGGAAGGCGUGCAGCUGUACAUCAUGCUGGUGGAGGUGUUCGAGAGCGAGCACUCCCGCAAGCGCUACUUCUACCUGGCCGGUUACGGCAUCCCGGCUCUCGUCGUGGCUGUUUCCGCUGCCGUGGACUACAGGAGCUACGGCACAGAGAGAGUGUGCUGGUUGCGUCUGGACACGUAUUUCAUCUGGAGUUUUAUCGGGCCUGCUACUCUAAUCAUUAUGUUGAACGUCAUCUUCCUAGGCAUCGCCUUGUACAAAAUGUUCCACCACACGGCCAUCCUGAAGCCCGACUCUGGCUGCCUGGACAACAUUAAAUCAUGGGUGAUCGGGGCGAUCGCCCUGCUGUGUUUGCUGGGUCUGACCUGGGCGUUCGGGCUCAUGUACGUCAACGAGAACACGGUUAUAAUGGCCUACCUCUUUACCAUCUUCAACUCCCUACAGGGCAUGUUCAUCUUCAUUUUCCACUGCGUCCUGCAGAAAAAGGUUCGUAAAGAGUACGGGAAGUGUUUGCGGACCCACUGCUACGGCGGAAAGAGCGUGGAUUCCUCAAUGGGCUCGAGCAAAAGCUCAGGCUCUCGCGCUCCCGGCCGCUACUCCUCUAGCUCACAGGUCCACCACCAGCCUUGUAUGACAAACUGCUCACAGUUACAGUAUGAACAAAGUCGGAUUCGUCGAAUGUGGAACGAUACGGUUCGGAAGCAGUCGGAAUCAUCCUUCAUCACCGGAGACAUCAACAGUUCCGCUACCAUCAACAGAGGUGCUAUGGCCAAUCAUCUCAUCUCAAACGCUCUGCUGCGACCGCACGGUUCAAACAACCCCUAUAACACUUUAGUGGGGGACUCGACCGUGUAUAACAACCCCACUCUGAGCAUGUACAACACACAAGACCCCUACAGAGAGACAAAGGGAAUCUUGAACAAUGCCCGGGAUACAAGUGUCAUGGAUACUCUACCACUGAAUGGUAACCAUGGCAACAGCUACGGUCUGGCGGGCGCCGAUUACCUGAGCGAGUGCGUGCAAAUGAUGGAGCGAGGCGGCUACGGCGUCCCGCAUGCCACGCACCCGCACACCCCGCUGGAGAAACGCAUCCUCCAAGAGCUCACCUCUAACUACCUGCCCCCCUACCUGAACAACCAUGAACGCAACAACCUGGUCAACAAGCUCGUCAACAACGUCAGCAACAUCAGCAACGUCACCCACGUGAGCAACAUCGCCAACCUGAGCAAUGCCGGCAACAUGAGCAACCUCGCCAACGUCAGCAACCUGGCGAACGUGAGUAACCUGAGUAACAUGAAUAAUAAUGGAACUGUGGGUGGUGGGCGGGGUAAAGACGCAUCUGCUCCUCCUCUCAGCCUGACGCUGGACCUUGAUGACUCCCCCGCCUUCAUCCCCGACGAGAACCUGGCCCUCGAGUUGAUCCGCGACGAGUCCGACACCCCGUUGCUCCCCCAGCAGCGACCUACCCAUCAAGCCCAACCUCGCCCGUCUUUCGGCUCCACCUCCUCCUCGUCUCGACGCCGCCUCCCGCAGGAAAACAGCGAGAGCUUCUUUCCUCUUCUGACUGAAGAGCAGGGCGACGACAUGCCCUCGCCAAGGAGAGAUUCCGCCAGCCAAGAGCGGUCCGACACGCACACGUUGCCACGCAGCGGAGGAGGAGGAGGCGGAGGAGCAGGGGAGGAUGCACGCGAGCCCACCGAAGGUGAUGAUGUGUACUACAAGAGCAUGCCUAACCUAGGCUCGAAGAACCAUCUGCACCAGCUGCACUCCUACUACCACCUAGGACGAGGUAGCAGCGACGGCUUUAUUGGUCCGGCCAACAAGGACGAAGCUCAACCUACCGAAACCCUGCAAGAGCCUACCCAGCUCGUCACCAGUCUAUAGAGGGACCACACCACCACCACCAACACACACCAACACACAUACAGUACACACACACACAAAUACACAAACACACAGAUCAUUUCUCUCAUCCUUUUCCGUCGCUUUCCCGUACUGGUCAAUUGUCCGCAGUCGUAGACAUUUCUUUGACGUGUUCUCUAAAAAAAACAAAAACAAACAUCAUCAAAAAAAGAAAAACACACUAAGGAAAACAAACCUGAGGAAAAUAACGUUGUUUCUUUGUUCUUGUAUUCCGGGUGACGAAUCAGACUCUGGGCCGGAGACACGACCCGGUGUGAUUAUUAUUACACAUUUUUUUUCUUCCUUUUUUUUUUUUAUUUCAGCAAAUUCUUUCAGCGUGCGGCGUGAUUUUCCCACGGAUGGACAGAGACGGACACCGAGUCGAUAUCGGAUUCCCGUGUUAUUUAGUGGGAUGAGUCAGAAAAAGCGAAAAAAGACUUCACGAGUACAAACGCAGACUGAGAUUUAGACUUUCGUGCCAAGCAAAUAAACCCUGAUGGAGAAAACUCUACAAACGACUAUUUUAAUACACUUCUUUAACCGGCAUCGGCUUUUUAAAUGUUUCUCCUUCCUGUGCGAUGAGUCUGAUACACAUGAGUCGUCCUGAAUAAAUCGAGUGAAAAAAAAAUGCAUUUUUUUUCGGGGGGACUUUCUUGCAACGGAUGACUUCGCCAUAGGGCACUUUGUUUCCUUUUGAUUUUUUUUUUUUUUUGGCGUAUUAAUAACAAAUAUUAAAAAGAGGAGGAUAAGGAACUAAUAUCACAGAGAACUAUAAGAUAUUUCUAUGUAAAUGUACAGCUUACUAGCAUUACAGUCUGCAGUCGUUUUUUUUUCCUUUCUUUUUUUUGUUUUUGUUUUUAUUCUGUUUCUAUGUAAGCGUGGUGAUUUAGAACCAGUUCAGUUCUGUUCUGUUCUCUCCUGACGCUCUUGACGAUCCAGACUGCAGUUCCGCACUCAUGCUCGCUUCCGCUGUUUGAUUUGUACAUUUCACUUUCGCACCAAUUAACGGAACAACAGCAGGAAAAAAAAUCAACAACAAAAAAAAAACAGUCCUGAUGGUCAUUUUAAGAAUGUAAUCAGAUUUUUUUUAAUCCCCACAGAAUUGUGAUUUUUUUUAUUUUUAUUACUAUUAUGAUUUCUUCAUCGUGGAGAUAAAAGUGAUAUCAGAGUCACGAUGCCAUUUUGGGCCAGCGGUGUAGAUUUCCUUAGAGAUCGAAGUGCGAUUGACGUGCUUGUUGGGGAAGACUCCAGCAAUGAAAAGGUGAAGACUGGAUUUAUGCAUUUAUAUGCAAUGGGUACUUGUAUUAUAAGGAAGAAAAAAAAAAUGCUGGGGGAUGUUUGACAUAUUAAAGCUCAAUAUUUGCAGUAAGAAGGUUAAGAACCUGCGUGUUUCAUUUUAAAGAUAAUAAAAUGCAAAACCGGUAUCAUAUAGCAAAACGUACACACUUUCCAUUUUUUUUAUUGUGUUUUUUUAUAAUUAUUUUUCAAAUUUAUCAAAUUCAAUCCAGUGACCUCCUGACUAAUAUUUGUUGUACCAGUGAAACUUGUUUGCCAACAAAUAAAUUACUGCUUAAGACUGAAUUUUUCACCGGGGUGCUGUUAUGUGGGUGGAUUUUUUUCUGCCUGGCUGCCUGAGAGACUUUAAACGGAUGGCAAAGAAAAAAAAAUCUCCAAAGAGCACUUAAUUAAAAAAAGAGGAAAAAAAAGAAAGAGCCAGCCAAUCUGGCUGUAGUUAAUAACCGGUUGCAAGUGCAUUAGACCCGUCAAACAAUGAGCGUGAUUGAAUCCAGAAAAGCGUACUUCAACUGUAAAGGCUUCGGAGUAGCACCAUGUCUGGAGAAGAUUAGUGUGUCUGUCCCUGCUCACUUCUACAGAAUCAGAAUGAAGCCCUUUAAAUUCUGUCCCGAAUGAAAAACACUUUUUGAGCAGGAGA